AUGAUGGAGGAGCCGCACGAGGCGCAAAUCCAGCUGCAGUUCAUGCCGCUGCUCAAUGCUUGUCCAGAAUUGCUGGCCCUGCUUCACGCGGCCGGCCUAACUUCUGCCGCUGCCUUGGCCGCCACCUGCAGCUGCGCGGUCUCUGUGCGGAACGCGCUCCCAGAGGUGGCGCGCUGCGCACCAGCCGCAGGUGUACUACUGCUACGUGCUGAGUACCCUCAACUGCUACAUUGUCCUGACUUGUCGGUCGGCGCAUGGCACGAGGUGCCGCUUCCAGAGGGCACGCCGACUUAUCUAUGCUGCGCGGCCACCUUUCAUCGGGAUCAUAUCUAUAUCGUUGGGGGCGGCGCGCCGUACCUUGAUGGCAAAGUGGCCUACGCCACAAGCUAUGAUUUGAAGAGCGGCACAUGGCUGGAGUUGCCGCCCAUGCCGACAGCCAGGAGCCAUUGUGCGGCUGUCGGCGUAUCUGGGAGGUUGAUGGUGAUUGGUGGCUUAGCCGAUGAUCACCAGAAAAUGGACACGGUGGAGGUGCUCGAUCUUGAACAAGGAGGAGAAUGGGAGGGUUGGUCCUCCCUGCCAACUUCUUUAAGCUGGUGUUCAGCACUGUUUGCCUGGAGACUGGGCUGUGUGGUGACGAUGGGCUGUGACGAUCGUCAGUCGCACCUGUUCCGUUUUGAGCUAGCCACCAGAGAAUGGGUGGCCCUUCCUCAGAUGCCUCGCCAAAGAUGGCACCCUGCACUUGUAGAGAUGGCACAGUAUCUGUUCACAAUUGGCGGCAUCAUCCUUCCCGAUGAAGAAGUCGGUGCUGUGGAUGUCUUUGACUUGCGGGCUGGUCGGUGGGAGAGCAUACAUGGCCUAAGUGGCCUAAGCAUCCCCGACAUGCCAGAGGCUCGCAUGGACCCCGCUGCGUGUGCCUGCGCAGGCCGGCUGUACGUGCUUGGCGGCAUGCAAGCUGGUCCUACGGAAGUAGUUGAGUGCCUGGACCUUUGCUCAAAACAAUGGCAAAGGCUGCCGGACAUGAAGGAUCGAUUCUCAGCAACAGGCACAGCAAUAACUUGCAUUGGAUGA